AUGCUUAAUGAGUUUUUUGUGAACGUUGCUCAGGAAUUGCAAAAUGCAGCACCCUCACCCACAAACCAGUUUGAUUCGAAGAAGAUUGAAGAUUAUAUUUCAUCCAAGAUUGGUAAUUUUGUAACCCAAUUUAAUAUACCCCAAAUAACUGUUGAGGAGACUCAAAAGCUAAUUGACAAAUUACCUUUGUCAAAGGCAUCAGGACCUGAUGCGAUAAGCGUCAAAGUGUUAAAGUUGGUUUCAUCGGUGUUUUCAGAGCCUUUAACAAGAUUGUUCAAUCUAUCUAUCGUUAAGGGUUUCUUUCCAAGUAAAUGGAAAGUAGCAAGAGGUACACCUCUAUUCAAGGACGGCGCGCGGGAAAGCAGAGAUAAUUACAGGCCAAUUUCUGUGCUUUCUGUGUUGUCCAAACUGCUAGAGAAACAUGUGGCUGUUUCGUUCAUGGAUUACCUGGUAACAAAUGGGCUGCUUUACGAUCUACAGUCCGGGUUCCGUGAGGGGCAUUUUACAGAAACUGCUUUAAUCAAACUUACAGACCAAAUCUUAUUCGAUCUGGAGAUUUUAAAAAAGCCUUCGAUGUGGUAG